AUGUUGCGGCUCUGGCUUUUCCUAGCCGGCUCGGCCGCUGCGAUCCCCUUCAACAAUGGUUUAUACGCCGCUGGUUAUGGCUAUCUCGUUCAGCGCGACGGCUGCCCAGUACCAUGCGGUUACCAAAACCAGUACUGCUGCGACACCAACUCAGCAUGCGUCACCAACAACGGGAUAGCAGCCUGCACACCGGCUGCGGGAGCAGGCGGUGGAGUGGCCUGGUACACGACAACCUGGACUGAGACCAAGACUUAUACCAAAACAUGGCAAUCCGUCAUUCCAGCUGCGACCGGUGUCAGCGGCGCCGACUGCAUUCCCGAGGCCGGCAGCGGGUGGAUUGCCUGCGGCUCGAUCUGCUGCGACUCUUGGCAAUACUGCCAACACGCAGGGCAGUGUAUGGCCAACCCCGGUGCUGGCCCCGGAGGCGUGGUUAUCGUGACAAACACCAACACUGCCGUGCAAACCGUCACCACCCAGUUCAGCGCGCCAUUUCGCGUUACUAGCGGCACCGCGACAACGACAAACUCGGCUGGUGGAGCUAUUCAGACGGGGGAUGACGCGGAACCAGUGGAGGGCGGUACAGCCGGUGGCUUGAGCCCUGGUGCCAUCGCCGGUAUCGUCAUUGGCUCCAUCGCCGGUGUCGCCCUUCUCCUCGCCAUCUGCGCUUGCUGCAUCGUCAGGGGUCUUUGGCACGGUGUCAUGGCCAUUCUUGGGUUCGGCAAGAAGGACAAGAGAACAAAGGAGACCAUCAUCGAGGAAGAGCGCUACACCCGCCGCGGAUCCUCGCACGCCGGGCGCACCAACCACGGUUCGUGGUAUGGCGGCCGACCUAGCACAGUAUCAUCGCGAAAGGAUAAGAAGAGCGGCGCUGGCCUGUUGGGGAUGGGAGCCGCGCUUGGCACUCUUGCGUUGCUGCUCGGAUUGAAGAAGGAUAAGAAGAAGAGAGCCCCGGUCAAGAGCAGGAGUGAUAUCAGCAGCAGCUACUACUCUGAUGUUUACACAAACGAUAGUCCUAGCUCCCUCAGCAGCGACAGACGAACCCGCCGAUCCCACCGCCAUAGCAGGCAAGGGAGCAGGGUAACGAGGACGACCACGACACGUGUAUCCCGCGCCCCGUCGGCGAGGUCGGCCAGAUCACCAAGGAGGUCUCCCCCGCGGUAAUGAUUGAGUUUAUUCUCAUGACCUCCGAUUUUUACCCUUGCCAUCUUUUCAGAGAUUCAAGGGAGAAAAAUAAACACAACCCUAAUGGAUCUUUUUUUCUUUCCGACGAGCAACACGAAGUCGACUUGUACAUAUUAAGCCCCUUGCACACACACACACACAUCGCCCCAUUUUGCCCCUUCGGCACCUGUGUUUUACUCUUGCAAUUUUUGUUUGUUCUACGCUGGGGAUAUAGAGUUUUGGCUUUAUUUGUGUGUGAUUUUUGAAACUGACCCUUUUUUUGGUAUGGUAUGGGACGAUGGGGUGGCUUAUAUUCAGCACUGGCGUUUUGGGCGUUGUCGAGAAGCAAGCAAGCCAUGCGAGAGGGAAAGGGAGGGGGCUUUGCUCAGGGAAUGGAGAUGUGGUAUGAAGUUGUGUAG